AUGAGGCUAGCUCCACGAUCGUGCGUCCAGCUCUCUAGAGCAGUGCCGGCCCAGAAACGAGGCUCCCAAUACCCAGAAACAAUCAGGCACAGCAGACGGAAGUUCACAACUCCAACGCAGCGACGGUAUGCCGACGUCACCCAUUCUGCCAGCAAGAGCGAUCAGAAGGAAAGGGUAGUGAUAUUAGGUUCCGGAUGGGCAGGCUACGUGCUCGCGAAGCACCUCGAUCGCAAGAAGUACCACAUCACAGUCAUUUCACCACGGACAUACUUCGUCUUUACACCUCUUCUUACCGACUCUGCAGUUGGCACUCUCGAGUUUAGAAACAUCCUCGAAUCGGUGCGGAGGGCAAACACAGAUGUUGAGUACAUCCAAGGAUGGGCUGACGAUGUGAACUUUUUCGAAAAAACUAUCAACGUUGAGCCUGCAGUACUUGAUCCGAAGCAAAGCUAUGCCUUGACACAAGCCAGGGACACACCAGAAGCAAGCAAGCUUAUACCAGAAGAAGAGAAGCUGUUUCAGUUGCCAGAAAGUAUACACCUAAAAGAUCGUGUUCCUGUGUUUCCAGUCAAGUACGACAAGCUCAUCGUCGCAGUCGGCAGCUACAGCCAAACUUUCAAUACUCCUGGCGUCCGAGAAAAUGCAUACUUUCUGAAAGACGUCGGUGAUGCCAGAAGAAUCAGAAAGAGGGUUCUAGAGCUCUUCGAAUUGUGUCACAUGCCCUUCGUCACCGAUGAGACGAGGUCGCAACUUCUGCAUUUCGUGGUUGUUGGUGGUGGUCCCACUGGCAUCGAGUUUGCAGGCAACUUGAGCGAUCUAGUUAGGCAAGACAUGAGUAAGAUACACCCUGACCUCGUGAAAUUUGUCAAGGUCACAGUUUACGAUGUCGCACCCAAGGUGCUACCUAUGUUUGAUGCAGCAUUGGCAGAUUAUGCGAUGAAACAAUAUUCCCAGAAGAAUAUCGACAUCAGGACGAACCACCACGUGGAAGAGCUGCGGAAGGGCCCUCCACGGACUCGUCUGGCCCAAGACAAAAUUCCGCCUGGACGAGUGUUCACCAUCCGGACAAAAGAAGAUGGAGAAGUAGGUAUAGGCAUGUGUGUAUGGUCGACCGGUCUCAUGAACAACCCAUUCGUUGCGAAAGCACUCAACCACGUCCGUCGAUUUCCAACAAAAUCUGCUACAAUCGACGAAGGCCGUCUUCCUGCUGACUCAAAUUCUAGCGCAUGGCAAAUCAAGCGACAUCCCAAGACAGGCAGUAUGAUCGUCGAUAAUCAUUUCCGCAUCCAGCUAGAGUCCAAAGGCGACUCUCAGCCCACAGGUCAUGCAAUCAUGCAAGAUGUUUUUGCCCUUGGCGAUUGUACUAUGCUCGAUAACCUCCAUCCACCUUUGCCCGCCACAGCUCAGGUUGCCAACCAAGAAGCUCGCUUCCUCGCAUCGAUGCUCAACAAGCACUUCGAUCGUUCCGCGGGCAAAUUCAGUGCCGAUUCUUACGACAAGGACUCUGGCUUCGAUUACCAUAACCGAGGCGUUAUGACCUUCCUCGGUGGCAGCAAAGCUAUCUUGCAAGGACCCGAAACCGAGCGGGCAGGUGCAGGGAAACGGCUGAAAGGCUUCCUGGCGUAUUUGAUCUGGAGAGGCGCUUACCUGACUAUGACUCUGAGCUGGAGAAACAAGAUUUUGAUUCCUGUUCAAUGGCUUACCGUCAGAUUGUUCGGAAGAAGCGUGAGCAGAUUCUGA